CAAGGAAGCAUGAAUGUUUCUCUUUUCAACAUGACCCAAGGCGUGCUGUUUAAUGGGAGCCAGACCCUUGCCGGGGCUCUGGACACUUAUUCAAGUAACAGCUCAGAGACUGUGAUGACCGAUGACGGCGGAGGGUCGCUGGUGCUGCUGCAGGAUGAGCGCAAACUCUUUGUCAUGCGUGUCGUCCAGAUCGCGGUGCUGUGCGUCCUCUCGCUCACCGUGAUGUUUGGCAUUUUUUUCCUCGGGUGCAACCUGAUGAUCAAGUCAGAAAGCAUGAUUAACUUCCUGGUAAAGGACCGGAGACCUUCCAAAGACGUGGAAACUGUCAUGAUUGGGCUCGGCUAGAGGACAGAACUCAGGCGCUGUGGGAGACCCAGAAUGGGGAUCAGGUGCGGAUUUUAGGAUCUGCAUCUGGACGCGCCCGUCGUGGAUGCUUGAUGCGUGUCAAGAUUAACGAUAUGCAAAGAACUUUACUUUUCCUUCCGACAAAUGACAACAGGAAAGUAUUCCUAAACGACCAAUGUUUGUGCGUAAAGUUCGUGCGUAAACUCCAGGCAGUUGUUUACACGUUUACAACGAUUCUUACAUGUUUGGAGUGGUUUUAAUAUUGCCAACUUGAACAAAGUAACAACAAUGUUUACAAGCUGUUACCUCAUGCUUCGUUUUGGUUUCCCCUUCUCUGAAAAAGGAUUGCUUUAGGAGUCUGUCUGCAAGCAUGAUUGUUAUUUCUAUUCCUUCCACGCCUGAAGUAUAAUCCGUGGACGUGAUGUAGUUUUUUUUUUUUUUUUUUUUGAAGACAAAGUAUUUUUUUUUCCUGGUCUCGUUUGGGUGAAAACACAUUAAACCACCAAUAUUUUGUAGAUUAUUUUUGAAAAAAAUGAAAAUAAAAAUGAUCUCCAUGACAGCUUGAUGGAAGUGAUUGUAACUGUUUGGCAUGCUCGCGGACUGAUCUGUAAGGUGAUUUUUGACACGUUUUGCACUCUUAAAAAUUACCCAUGCUGCAUGAUAUAUUUUGUACCAAAUCGUUGAAACUGCAGCAUGCAAUUAAAUAUGAAAAUUCACUCGU